AUGUCGCUUGAUUGUUCCAGUGAACCUGUGAGCACAGCCAUCGGGAGUCCUGUACUCCCAGAGGAGUCUCCCUUGGUGGUAAGACAGCUAGGAGUGGUGCCUACUAAAGAGAAUACACUGAUGCCUCAAGAACAAUUUCCCAGUGGCUCUGCAUCUCUUGAAUUUCACAUGAGCAACAAAGGGGGCCUUAUGAAACACCUUAGGACAACAGUGAGGAAAAUGUUCCCAUUCUAUCAAAAGACAAGCAAGAAAACCAUGUUUCACAGUGACAAUCCUACAGAGCCACUAAUGCCUCGAUCAGCAGCCAUUCCAAAUAAGCACUGGGUCCUUCCAAAGAUUAUUUGUGAAUUCUCUUCACCAAAAGUAUUUCCAAAACUGAAAAGAAAGAAACUUUCUCAGAACGCAUCGGUUCAGCUGGAUGUGAACAGUGUGCAGCAACACAAUGUGGAAGCAAGAAGUAUGACAAGGAUGAUGAAACGCAUCUCAGUGGUGUCGUUGUCACCUGGAAUUCAAAAGGUGUCGCAUCUGGAAAAAAGUAAAAAAACCUCACUGUUCAAAAGGAAGAAAAAAAUCAUGCCAUCGGUGUGGUACCAUUCAGACGUCACACUUGAGAACCUUCAAAUGCAGGUGGAUAAUCUGUUGGAUAACAUCAGUGAAAAAUCGAUACAACUGUUAGCUUUGAGAAGUGCCGAACUGCAGCAGUGUGAGUCUUUGGGAGACAAGAUUCUCCAGUUCUCUAAGCAGUUCCAAAAGGUCUCCUUGCAGACAAAAAAGAGGCAUAAAUUGAAAAAUAUUUGUUUCCCUUGUAACUGUUGUUGUUAACCCCCUUUGAAAUGAUAAAGAAACAUGCCAAUCUAUUGUAAACAUCUCAAAGAUUUGUAAAUUGAAAUUUCUUCUAAACUGAAAUGUUGCUCAUUCACAUUUUCAAUAACCUUGAGUUCAGAAAACAAGAGUUAUUUUAUUAGUACCACUCUAAAAACACACUGGAAUAGCCAGUUCUACAACACAAAUACUACCAUACAUUGUGAAUCUAAGACUGAACUACUUUAUUCUGAAAUUCUAAUUACAGUAUAAAAAGGUAUCUUAAUAUGUCAAAUAUUAAGGUAUGUCAAACAUCAUUCGAACUGAUGCAUGCUUUUGUUUUUGCAACAAAAACUAAAACUAAAAUAAACUAAACAAAUUUAGACCUUCCUAAUUUGGCAUCAGCUUUCCCCCCCCCCCCCCCCUUCCUUCCAUACAACAACCCA